CAGGAAGGAGAGGAGAGAAAACAUAAACACAAAUAUCACAGUAUUAUCAAUUCCACAGUACCCAGUUGUUGAUCGCAGUCCUCCAUUUACUAAGGCUAAACCAUUGUUUGAAAAGUUUCGAAAUCAAGGGAUACCAACAAGAUUGCUUGAAAAAUAUGACAUCUUAUUUAUGGAUACUGUAGCCACUGGAGAGCAUGCUUGGGCUCCAUCCAUUGGUGUGUUGUUAGAUGAUGAUGAUGAUGGUCUAGGUGAUAAUAUUGAGAAAGCACAUAGCGAGGAUGCUAUUCGAUUGGAAGGAACUGGUGACUCUGAGGAGGAAUCUAAUUUUCUUAAGGACUUGAAUCAAAUAGUUAACAAUGAAAUUCAAGGCACCCAAAGGAUGCGCAAUGAUAGCCCAACAACAAAACAAAUUCAAGGUAAAAAAGGUAAAAGGGUAGACAUGUCAAGCAAGCAAGGUAAAAAGGAUAAAAAGGCAAACAAAAUGAAGACGCAAUCUAGUGGUUCGGCUAAGUUAUCAGAACAAAUUGAUAGACUGGUUGCAACGGUUGAGAGUAGAGGUACUAUUACUUAUAAGAGGAAUGAUUUACCUGGAUGUACCAUACCUGAAGUAUAUGAGCAGCUAAAUGCCUUGCCGGAAAUUGAGAAAGGAAAUGAGCUCUGGUUGUUUGCUACUGAAUUUUUAGAAAUAAAGUCAAAAAGAGGGAUGUUUACUUCUAUUAAAAAACCUGAAGCGAGAUUAACUUGGUUGAAGCAUCAUCAAGCUAAGGCUAAAAUGUAAAAUUUAAUUGUUCACUAUAUAGAACUACUUUGUAUUAUAUAGAAUAAACUUUUAUGCUGUGUACUUUGUAUUAUGUG